GGACUAUAUAUAUUUGAUGUGUUGGUUUAAAUUGCAGUGCUCGAUUAAAGUAAAUUCAAUAGAGGAAGAAACUUUGAGCCGACAAGAUGUAUCGUAUUACCUUGGGUCUCGUUUUAUACCUCGCGGUGUCUGCUAACGCUGCUUUUCAAGACUGUGGUUCAAAAGUUGGAAGUUACAACAAUGUAACUGUUACUAACUGUGAUCCUGAUGCCAGUAUAUGUACAUUAACUCGUGGUAAAGACGUAUCAAUUAACAUAAACUUCGAAUUAGAUAAAGAUAUCAAAAAAGUGAACUCUGUCGUUCAUGGAAUUAUUCUAGGUAUUCCACUAUCGUUCCCAAUCGCUCACCCUAACGCCUGUGAGGCAUCAGGAUUAAAAUGCCCGAUGACUAAGGACGGUGGUCCGUAUGAGUACAAAGCAAGUUUACAUGUUGAAACCUUUUUUCCCAAGCUCAAGGUUGACGUGAAAUGGGAACUCAAGGAUGAAAACGACAGCAACAUCGUCUGUGUGUUGGUACCUGCUGAACUUAAAUAAACACAAAAAAAAAAAUUAAUUAUUGAUGGGCAUUUUUCAAAAAAUACAAAAAAAUCGAUGAAAAUACUUAUUUAGUUAUUGAUCAUGGAUAGUUCAGGAUUAUUUUGACGACAAGAAAAAUAAAUUUAUUGGAAAAUA